AUGAUUAACUCCAAGGUGCACAUGCCUGGGGACCUAAAGAAGAAAAGGGGAAAUCUGCUCAACCUGGGGGGACCCACUAGGGUUUUAAGGAAGAGCAGCCAUACCCAAGGGGAGGAUGGAGCUCCCCAGUCAUCAACAGAUACCUCAAAAGAAAUGCACAAAGUAGCUAAACCUCAAGCCUUUCAGAAGCCCAUUGAGAUGAAUUGGCCACCAGUCACUCGGCCCUUAAACAAAAGUUCAGUCCAAGGCAAAAAAUGGAAGAAAGCAGAUGCAACCCAAGAGAAACGUCGGUCAUUCCUUCAUGAGUUUUGCAAGAAAUAUGGUGGAUUAAAUGAUCCCAAAUCCAGUCUUUUUCAUAUAGUAUCCAGAAUCUAUGUGGAAGACAAACACAGAACUCUGUACUGUGAAGUGCCAAAGGCUGGCUGCUCUAACUGGAAAAGGGUUCUGAUGGUCCUAAAUGGAUUGGCUUCCUCUGCAUACAAUAUUUCCCACGACACUGUUCACUAUGGGAAACAUCUGAAAACAUUAGAUAGCUUUGACUUAAAAGGAAUAGACAUGCGUUUAAAAGCCUAUACCAAAGUUGUAUUUGUUCGAGAUCCCAUGGAAAGAUUAGUGUCAGCAUUUAGGGAUAAAUUCGAGCAUCCCAACAGUUACUAUCAUCCGGUGUUUGGAAAGGCGAUUAUAAAGAAAUAUCGACCAAAUGCCAGUGUGGAAGCAUUAAAUAAUGGAUCCGGAGUAAAAUUCAAAGAAUUUGUCUACUAUCUGUUGGAUGCUCGCCGUCCGGUUGGAAUGGAUAUCCACUGGGAAAAGGUCAGCAAACUCUGUUAUCCGUGCUUGAUUAACUACGACUUCGUAGGGAAGUUUGAAACAUUAGAAGAAGAUGCCAAUUACUUCCUGCAGCUGAUUGGUGCUCCAAAGGAGCUGAAAUUUCCAAACUUUAAGGACAGGCACUCGUCUGACGAAAGAACCAGUGCUCAAGUAGUAAGGCAGUACUUAAAGGACCUGACUAGAGCGGAAAGACAGCGCCUCUAUGACUUUUAUCACUUGGACUAUUUGAUGUUUAAUUACACAACUCUACAUUUAUAAUUUGCAUUCAUUUUCUAAAGCCCUACAUUGAUUUAAUGAUGAUGGCCUCAAAUCAACUCCUGUAAUUUUCCUACAAUUCUCUGUAUGGGGGAAAUUUAACUAAGUGAAGCUGUCUUGAUUGAAUGAAGAUUUUUUUCUUAACCAAAGAGUAUGACAGCAAUUGGCACAAAGUUAUUGGAAAAUCAUUUCAAGGAGACGUAUAAACAACUCAAUGUGCUUUUUAAAUGUUGGGAAAAGAGCUGUUUUGGCACUGUGGCACAUACCGUGGCAGCAAUAACCUAGCCAACUGUUGCAUUAACCAAGAAGCCUCUUGCAUGUAAGCUAAGGGGGUCAAAAAAGGAGAGAAAUAUGUAUCCAAAUGCUGGCAUCAACCUUCUAACAUGAAUGAACCUAUUCUUAGCAGUCUGUAGCACAUGCAUCAAAUGACUGGGUGGUGUUCUUAUACCCUGGUCUUCCUAUCCACUGUGAUGAUGGACCCAUUUUUAAAUGCUUGGGCAUAGGCAUUUUACUGUUGGUCUGGAGGCACUCUGUGAUUUACAAUAUGAGAGUAGAACAGAAAAACAGAUGAAGCUGUGACUUUUUUAAUAGCCAGUAAAAAUGCACAACAUGCUAAGAUCAAAACAACAAAAGUAACCUUUCUCUUCCAGGAGAAACUUCAGGGAAUUGAUUUUCUUUGUGGGAGGCGGGGCACCAAACCCUCCAUGAAAAGACAAAUGAACACAACCAAGCAGGUCCUCAUUUCUAAACAUCAUCAGAUAGAAAUGUGCUCCUAAUUCUGCUUUAAUUCGAAAGGGGGCAAUUGUUUCAGGAUGGAAUAAUCAUCAAAAUCAAAAGUUGCCAUUCUGAAUAUAGAGCUCUAACAAUAAUAGAGUUUUAUAAGAAUAUUACUUGAAUUAAAGCACCAUGUGCAGAACUUUCUAUGCAGAAUACACUCUAAGAAUAGCUUUUGUUUGCAGUCUAAUUAUUCAGCUUGGGAAUAACUUUUUAAGAACUAAUAUACCACUUCAAAGACAGGUUAUGUUCUAGAGGAUAAACAUAACAAGAGCCCCUAGAAAUGUUUUUAAUAGGCUUAUGCAUAAGCAAAUUAAGGUAUUUUCUUCCUAUGUUUAAAUACUCUAUACUAACAAAGUCAAAUACCACUGCAUGCAAAUAUUAAAUCAAAGUCUUUGGAAAAUAAGACCAUGUGUCACCCUUAUGAGAAGUUGUAAUGCACUUUGGAAAUUUUUUCCAAGGGAUCUAAAAUUUAAAGACAUAUUCAGAUGAGAAGUACAUUUUAAUUAGUUAACUACUAGCCUGACUUAAGCAAGCCAAAUGUCAAUCAAAUCCUGUGGAAAUGUUUCUUAAACAUGUUUCUCUUCCGAAGCUAUCGUUUUUGAUCAGUAAAUACCCAGCUGUCUUGCUAAGAAGGCUAGGUCUUAAUAUUUGAAUAUUAAUAGACCAAGAUGCUUGUAGUCAUACGUGUCUCAUUUUGAUUUUCCAUUUCAUGGCUGAGUAUUCAUAAAUUGCUUCACUGUGUGCACACACCGCCCUAUCUCCUCCGCAUCUCACAGGAGUGGGUGAGCUGUAGUGGGCUGCAGCAGCAGCAGCAGCAGCAUUAAACCCCGCGCACCAACCUUCGCCUACUUUCCACCCCAUUUCUUUGUGCCUCUAGACCGUACACUUAAACAGAGUAAUCCAAAUUAUAUAAAUUAAAGUGUUUCUGUGCUGGGUAGGGUGAAUUCCUAGUAACUUGGAGACCUUGAAAUUAUCUUUUUCUGGAGAGAGAAAAGAUAAACACUUCAGAGACCUGAACAAUUAUUCUCACACCACUCCAAGCUCAUUUUAGACAGCGCCUGUUGCAAAGGCAGCAUUCCUAAAUCAAAGAAAGAAACAAUGAUAACAGCAAAAAUAUAUUUUUAACCGCCCCCCACUUUCAUAGCUCUGGAAAGGAAAAAUAAAAAUACUCUCUCAUAUUAGUAUUUCUCAUACACUGGGGGACAUAUUUGUGCGCCAUGUUUAAGCCUCCACAAAUCCUCCGGUGGUGGGGAGUGAGAGACGCACCAUGCUCUCCCCCAUCACUCCGUAACUUUGGCUGUGAGAUUUUGCCACCCUACCUGUGGUUUCAGGCUUUGGAGUCCAGGCUACCUACCCUCUUCAACCACAGUGUGAAAAUCUUAAAUGUAA